AUGUCAGGAAAGAUCAACGAAGAGCUCAUUAACGACUAUGACUUACCAUUCCCGGACGAUCUAUCGUCGGUCAUCACGCCUCACACGGAGGGUCGGCGACAAGCCUUCAUGAGUACUGAAUUCAUGGAUGAAUCGACGUUGAUGAUGGACUACUUGCUGGUGGGCGGUUAUCAUGGCGUGACGACAACUCCUGCAACUUCCAACUUCUCGAUGACGCCGACAAAGAUUGGCGGCAAGGAGGACUCCCUACCGCACUGCAAGAAGGAAAGGUUGCUGAAGCAUGACGCAGUGGAGAAUGAUAAUGAGGAGAAACAUACAAAAGGAAUACUUGUACUUGCUAGAUAUUUAAAAUCUCACCAUAAAUUAACCCUCUAUAUAUAUAAUAUAUGUUUGUGCAGGGACGAGCAGCUAAUAAUUAAGAAUACAGGAAAGAAGAGGCAAAGAGAAGCUAGGUUUGCCUUCAUUACCAAGAGUGAGGUUGACCACCUUGAAGAUGGCUACCGGUGGACGAAGUAUGGGCAGAAGGCAGUCAAGAACAGCACUUAUCCGAGAAGCUACUACCGGUGCACAUCUGAGACAUGCAAUGUAAAGAAGAGGGUGGAGAGAUCUCACCAAGACCCAGCCACUGUGAUCACCACUUAUGAAGGCCAACACAAUCACCGCAACACUGCAACCCUAAGGAGUAAUUCCCUGAUGGCCAUGGUGCCGUCGGAUAACAUUAUAUUGCAGCGUGCUGUGUGCCCAGGAAACUAUACCAAGUGUAGCAUUAACAACAAUAGUACUGUCCAUGGAGUAGUAUUCACAAACACUAGCAUGCACUUGCCGUCUCUACCAUCGCUUCCUCUUCAUUAUCAUCAGCUUCAAUUGCCAGCCGCCGCCUCCUGCUGCAAGACAUUCUGUCAACGCCUACCGUCGCCAAUGAAUUAAGCAAGGCAACUACGUUAAUUAAUGAUUAGUAUGAGUGCAUUAACACUCUAUGUUUCUCCCUGUAUGUCUAGCUUGCUAGGUGUGUCCACUAUGUUGGAAAUUAAAUUUAAUUGUGGAUAGAGAUAAAAUAUCACUACAAUAAAAAC